AUGAAUAAAUUCCUCUUUUCGCAGAUUUUAUUUUUGACAUUGGCAGCGGUAGCCAUGGUGGCGGCGGAGCCCCCCGUCAACAACCAGUACCUCCCUCCUGGUCUUCAGACAGAGGCGGCAUUCCCAGGCCGAGGAUCCCCCAACAACCAGUACCUCCCUCCCUCCAGUCAGUACGGCGCUCCCGGUGGUGGAAACGGCGGAUUCGGAGGUGCUCCCUCUAGUCAAUACGGUACUCCUGGAGGCAGCAACGGAAACGGAUUCGGUGGACGUCCUUCCAGCCAGUACGGUGCUCCCGGUGGCCGGCCCUCCAGCCAGUAUGGAGCUCCCGGUGCUGGAAAUGGAUUUGGUGGAAGACCCUCUAGCCAAUAUGGAGCUCCUUCCAGUCAAUACGGUGCUCCUUCUGGUUUUGGUCAAAAUGGCGGAUACGAUGAUGGUCCUUCGGAGCCAGCGAACUACGAGUUCAAGUACGACGUGGACGCUCCUGAGUACAACGUGAAGUUCGGCCACCAGGAGGCACGUCAGGGGGAUGUGGCCCAGGGAAAAUACUACGUGCUGCUGCCCGACGGCCGCACUCAGCUGGUAGAGUACGUUGCUGACCAAGACGGCUACAGGCCCAAGAUCAGCUACGAGGGUGGUGAAGGAGGUUACGGCCGGGGACCCAACGGAAACGGAAACGGCAACGGUGGUUACCAGUACAGGAAGAUCCUCCUGGUUAUCCUGAGCAUCGCCCUAGCGACCGCCGAACCCCCUGCACCCCGCCAUGGAGGACACGCUCAGCUCGCUGCGCUCUCCGCAGCACUUGACACCUUAGGUGGGACACCUUCUGGUUCCUAUGGAGCACCUUCCGCAUCCUAUGGGGCACCUUCCGCAUCCUAUGGACCACCAUCUGGCUUCCCCCGACAGACAAGACCUUCCGCUGCUUAUGGUGUUCCCGGAUAUGACGAGCCUGCCAACUACGAGUUCAAGUACGACGUUGACGAGCCCGAGUACAGCGUGAACUUCGGCCACCAGGAGGCACGUCAGGGAGACGUGGCCCAGGGAGAGUACUACGUGCUGCUGCCUGACGGACGCACCCAGCACGUCGCCUACGUGGCCGACCAGGACGGCUACAGACCCAAGAUCAGCUACCAGCAGGGUCAAGCAGCACAGUAUCGAUAUGACCGACCCUCUAAGCCGUUUAGGCCUUCGGUCAGCGUAAUUUCUCCGCCCUCUACAGACUUCGGGAUUCCUUCAAGACCUUCCACAGUCUACGGAGUUCCUUCCAGACCCUCCACAGACUACGGGGUUCCCUCAAGACCCUCCACAGACUACGGGGUUCCUUCUAGACCCUCCACAGACUACGGGGUUCCUUCAAGACCUUCCAGACCUACAUCAUCACACUCGUUUCAAGGAGGAAAUGACUAUUACUAUGAUGAGCCCGCGAAUUACCAGUUCAAGUACGACGUGGACGCGCCCGACUACGGGACGUUCUUCGGCCACCAGGAGUCACGUCAGGGGGACGUGGCCCGCGGGGAGUACUACGCGCUGCUGCCUGACGGACGCACACAGCACUUCACCCUUGUUCUGGCGUGUGUGCUCGCAGUAGCUGUGGCGGAACCCCCCGUGCCCCAGGACGGCCAAGUGUCCCCCCAGUACGGCCCCCCAUCUGCGGGGGGUUACACCCCCGUGGGCGGACGAGGCAGACCCCACCCCUCCCCACAGUAUGGAGUCCCCUCCUCUGGUUACAGUGACGAGGUGAGAUCAGUCAGUCAAUAUUGGAACAAGAAACGUUCAAGGAACUCUUCCUCGAUAAUCGAUAGUCGUGAGACGAACCGAAUAAUUGAUUUGCUUCCAAAUGUCCAGGAGCCGGCCAACUACGAGUUCAAGUACGAUGUAGAGGACCAGGAGUCCGGGGUGAAGUUCGGCCACCAGGAGGCACGUCAGGGAGACGUGGCCCAGGGGGAGUACUACGUGCUGCUGCCUGACGGACGCACCCAGCGCGUCGCCUACGUGGCCGACCAGGAUGGCUACAGACCCAAGAUCAGCUACGAUGAGGCCCAAGGAGGCUACAGCCGUGGUCCAAGCGGGGGAUACCCUCGAGGUGGUCCCAGCUCACCAGGCUACAGCAAGUUUGGGACCUCCACUGCUGUAACCUCCCUGUCCGUUGGGACCUCCACUGCUGUAACCUCCCUGUCCGUUGGGUCCGCUUCCGUAUCCGUUCUGGUCCUCACCACCCUCGUAGCUGAUCUUGGGCCUGUAGCCGUCCUGGUCAGCCACGUACUCUACCAGCUGGGUGCGGCCGUCGGGCAGCAGCACGUAGUACUUCCCCUGGGCCACAUCCCCCUGACGUGCCUCCUCAUGACCAAAGUUCACGUUGUACUCUGGAGCCUCCACGUCCGUACCCUGAGGGUGAGAAGCCGUUGCCGCUGGGACCUGAGGGGUAGCCCUGCUGUUGCUGUUGUCCUGGUCUCCCGUUCCCGCCGAAUCUGCCGGGCACGCCGUACUGGCCUGAGAGUCCCAGCUGGCCUGAGGGGGUGCCGUACUGGCUGGAGGGAGGGUACUGUCCCUGGGGCAAACAAAACAUAUUAUUCAGGUUCGGUAAAAAACAAGUUCUUGUUGAAACGUACUUCAGUGAUGAUAUCAUCCUCCAUGCGGCGAUCCAGGGUGACGUCCCUGUUAGAGGCUUUAAUUGUUCUGACUUCACUCGCCCUAUCUGUGCUGGCCGAGCCACCAGUACCCCAGGGUCAGUACGGGGCUCCCUCCAGCCAAUAUGGAGCUCCCUCCAGCCAUUCCGGUGCUCCUUCCAGCCAAUAUGGUGCUCCAGGAGGAUAUUCCUCUGGUGGUUACCCUGGUAGCUCUUCAGGCAGAUUCGGAGCUUCUGGCAGUGGACAGUACGCUGGUGGAGACGAACCGAUGUUCACCCACGAGCAAGACUUCCAACAGAGUCCUGGAGUGAUCUGGGGCAAGUGGUCGGUGGUGCUCCCUGACGGAAGGACCCAGAAGGUGGAGUACGAUGCUGAUGAGAAUGGAUUCCACCCUGUCAUCACCUACGACGAGCCCGAGGGUGGCUUGGGAGGAUAUAGCAACGGUGGAUACAGCAGCGGUGGUUACAGCAGUGGAGGUUACAGCAGUGGAGGAAGUGGAGGUUUUGGCAACGGAGGCCACAGGAGUGGUUCUAGGAACGGAGGAUACAGCGGAAGUUCGUCUUCCGGAGGAAGAGGAGGUUACAAUUACUAACUAUGAUCUCUUGACAAAGAUGUAUUGGCCCAAAUAUGAAUAAUAAUUUAUUGUGAAUACUUGUAAGAUAAAUUUUCAAUUGCAUGCUCAUAAUUAAACAAAUUUAAUUUUUAUUCUUUCCAGUUUUAACUAAACUUUAUGUAAUUAAUAUUUUAGAUACUUUAAAAUGUAUAUUUCCUAUUCCAAAUUUACAGAUCCUGUAAGAUGUUGAAUGGUGUGAAUAUUUUAAUGAAACGUACUAAUCCUCAUAUUAAUCCCUUAAUGUAUGGCUAUCUGUUACCUUAAUUAACCAUGUCAAAUGUACCUUGUAGUUAGAUGAUACAAAAAUACAAUGUAUAUUAUUUAUUAUGUAAUGUGUGCUGUGUUCAGCAUUAUUUUGUAUUGUUUUGUAAAUAAAUAUUUAAAAACUAAAAUUUGUAUUGAGCACAAUGAAAUCAGUACCCUUUUGAAGUUAUCGUAAGCAUUUAACAUAUUUAUUUAUUUCCAAAAAUACCAGGAAACAAAUAAAUCGUGCUAACUCUUGGAAGAAAAUAUAAUGGUUUGAUUAAGACUCAUUUUUUUCAACGUUUUUAUACAGUUCAAAAAUUUGUUGAACUUUUUAAGUGUAGAUUAAUUUUAUUAUCUCUACAACAAACGCAUUGAUUUUUUACGUCCAGUAUUAAAAUGUUGUCACUGUGAUUUUAUGGUAUUAAAUGCAGCUAUAAAAUAUUACCCUUAAACGCAUUUACGCAGAAAUAUGAAAAACUAAUGAGUUUAGCGCAUUUUGGAAGACAUUGACGUGUAAGAGUUCAGCGAUUUACUGCAAACUUUCGAUAUUGACAAUCUCAAAAAUGGUAUCACAGGUUAAAUAUGUGAUUACAUGUACUUGAUAAUUAUGUUUGUAAUCAAUUUAUACUAUCGUGUAUAAAAAGACUUGUGAUUUAAAAAAGAGCACAAUUUUGCCUGUAUGUCUAGUUUUUAACAACUGUAGGCAAAAUACUAGAUGAUUUUAGUACUGUGUAGAUGUCUCUAACUACAAAACCUGCAUUUGUUCUGCCAACGUCUCUACAUUCAGCCAGCUACUGUUAUACGUUUUUUUAAACCGAUAUAAAAGUAAAUAAAAAAAUAAUAUUUUGAAUAAUUUUAAAUACUAGACGACACUUUUUUAAAACUAAUAUUUCUUUAAAACGCUUAAUCACUAACUUUUAAUUUUACUAUAAAUAGCAAUAUAUAACAGCAAUCCACCUUGAUUGAGUAUUGAGAAGUGUUUAGUAAUUUAAAUUGAGAAAAUAUGGUAAAUUACUUAAUUAUUCCAAUAAAGGAAAAAAGUUUGUUUUUAAAAUAGAAAGUGAAA